AUGAAAAACCAAACUAUUUUGUUGUUGGCUUUAGCCUACUGCUCUAUUAGUGUCUUAGGUGAGCCAAUUUUAGUCUCUUAGUCCUUUUCGGGGAAUGAUUUUAAAGAUGCUGACGGUAAUUUUCUUAUGUAAUUUGAUAGGUUGGGUUGUAGCUGGUGGACUACCUCAUAUAACAACAUGUAGUGGUACCAAUAUGUUUGGAGGUUUCGGUAAGUUUGGUGGGAAAGCUGUUGCAAGCAAAUUAUUUGAAUUGCCUCCUCAUUCUUCUAUCAAUUUGAAAGUUCAAUUCUGGAAGUAACAUUCUUAGAUUCUAAUAUAGAAUUGACUCAUGGGAUAAUGAAGAUGCAUUCAUUUUUAUAGAUGAUUAACUAGUCUGGUCAAGAAAAUUUAAAUUUAAUGAAGGUGAUGGAUAGAAGUGUGGAUAAGGUGGAGAUUGGAAAGAAAUGAUACUUGAUCUUAAUCUAAAUGUAAAACACACUGGUCCAACCGCUGUGGUUAUAUUUACAUCAAAUUUGAACGAGGCUGCAGAUAAUGUAACUUUUUGUAAGCUUAAGAAAUAGGAAUCUUGGGCUAUCAGAGAUUUUGUUUUGUCAAUAGAAAGAUGUCCAGAGGGUUGCUCUGCUUGCUAAGCGAAUGAUAAGCCUGAAAAUUGUGAAUUCUGGUAAUCAUUUUCGUCGAGUUGGGGAUCAUUGGAUUCUAACACAUUAGGAGCCGAUGGAUGGGAAGUUGCAGGUGGAUAAAAAACAGCCACCAAUUGUGGAAGUAUAAAUUUUAUAAUAAUUUAAAAAAGGUGUCGCUUUAUUUGGUGGUUUUGAUAAGACAGGAGCUAAGGCCGUUGUUAGUAAAAUUCUAAAAGUUAAUCCUCAUUACAAACUAAAAAUUAAAGUACUUUGGGCUAAGAUUGAUUCUUGGGACAAUUAGGCAGCUUAGAUAAAAGUCGAUGGAAAAUUGGUUUGGGAGAGAAGAUUCUAAUGGCAUGAAGGUUAUUUUGGUAAGAUAUGCGGUUGUCCUGUCUUUGAAUGGAAAUCAAUGUUCUUCAGAACUGAGGUUGACAUUGAUCACACUGGUGAUUAAGCAAAAAUUGAGUUCACUACAACUUUAAACGAGGCUCCAAAUAACGAAUCCUUUGGCUUAAGAGAUUUAUAUAUCUUCUAUGCUGGCUGCUCUUAAAAUUGUGCCGAAUGUACAGGACCUAAAGAUUCUGAUUGCAAGAGUAAUACCAUUUUAUAUAAAUUUAGAAUGUGAAAAUAAUUGGUCAUUGGUUGAAGGAAAAUGCCAAGCAUUGCCAAAUUUCAUCCUUUUAGAAUAGUCCUUUUUGGAAGAUAACUUUACAGGAAUCAAUGGGUGGGUUCUUAGUAAAAAUAAAGGAGGAAAAUAAAUUAAUUAAUGUAGUGGUAAGUCUAUGGUUGGAGGCUUUGAUAUUAUGGGUGUUGGUGCUAGUGCUACAAAGACAUUUGAUAUUCCCCCACACAAAAGACUUAGACUCUAAUCUACCAUCUACAAAAUCGAUUCUUGGGAUGGAGAAUUUAUGAUAAUUAAAGUUGAUGGUACUGAAGUAUGGAAAACUUCAUGGAAUCUCUAAACUGGAGGUGCUAAUUUCUGUGGACAAGGAGUUUGGUUUGAUGGUAUUACUGGAGUAGAUUAAAUCUUCAAUCACUAAGCUGCAAAGGCAGAAGUGAUAUUUACAUCCACCUUAAAUUAAGAUGCUGCUGAUGGUAAUAAAAAUAUAGUAUAUUGUAGAAUCUUGGGGUUUCAGAGAUUUCAAACUAUGGUAUGAACCAAAGGAGGCCUGCGCAAUUUUCUAUAGCGAAUGUGAUUACAAAGGAGCAUCAUUUGAAUUCUGUUCAAAGUCACCUGAUUUCUCAAAGGAUAGCAUCCCUCCAUAGAUUAGAUCAAUUAGAAUUCCACCUUAAGGAAGAGUAACAUUAUUUGAAAGUACCGAUUAUAAUGGAAAGAAGGUAACUUACACCUCUGAUCAAGCUUGCAUUUCAAACUUUGAUGUAUUCACUUUAAUUUCAUUACUUUAGUUUUCAUUGGUUUAGAAGAGUGCUCAUGUUGAAGGAGGCUGGACCGAAGUUGAAUAAUGA